CAAAAUCAGGGUAUGUUGGCUGCAAGGGCUGCUGGUAGGAUUCUAAAAUCGACAUGUCGCCGUUCUUAUUCUGUGCUAGCAAUUGACGAUGAUCUUAAUGGACUCACUGACGAUCAGAAGGAGUUACGAGAAACUGUUAAGGGUUUUGCUCAAGCUGAGUUAGCACCCUAUGCUGAUGCUAUAGACAAGGAGAACAAUUUCACUCAGCUCAGAGAGUUUUGGAAGAAAUGCGGCGACAUGGGAUUUCACGGGAUAACUUGUCCUGAAGAAUAUGGAGGUAUAAACAUGGGAUACAUGGCCCACUGUAUCGUCAUGGAGGAAAUGAGCAGAGCCUCAGCUUCAAUUGGUCUCAGUUAUGGUGCACAUUCUAAUCUUUGUAUCAACCAGCUUGUAAGGAACGGUAAUGAGGCUCAGAAGCAGAAGUAUCUUCCUCAGCUGUGCUCUGGAGAACACAUGGGUGCUCUCGCUAUGUCGGAGCCUAAUGCUGGAUCUGAUGUUGUGGCCAUGAAGUUGAGAGCAGACAAAGUUGGAGACCAUUACGUUCUGAACGGCAGUAAGAUGUGGAUCACUAAUGGCCCUGAUGCGGAUACUCUCAUCGUGUAUGCUAAGACUGACAUGGCUGCUCACCAGCGUGGUGUCACUGCUUUUAUAAUCGAGAAGGGCAUGAAAGGUUUCUCAACAGCACAGAAGUUAGACAAGCUUGGUAUGAGGGGCUCCAACACAUGUGAGCUGGUAUUUGAGGAUUGCGAGGUUCCGGAGGAGAACAUUCUCGGUGCCAUCAACAAAGGAGUGUACGUGUUGAUGAGUGGACUGGAUCUGGAGAGGUUAGUCUUAGCAGCAGGACCAGUGGGGCUGAUGCAGAGCUGUCUUGAUGUCUCUGUACCCUAUGCUAUCACCAGGAAGACGUGGGGUGAACCAAUCAUCACAUAUCAGCUUGUUCAGGAUUUAGUUGCUCAGAUCUACACAUACCUGGGUGUGUCUCGGAACUACACUUAUGCGGCAGCCAGGGCUGCUGACAAGGGGCACUUUGCCGGCAAGGACUGCGCUGCACUGAUAUACUUCACAGCGGAGAUGGCUACAAAAUGUGCCUUGCAUGCUAUUCAGAUUCUUGGUGGUAACGGCUACAUUAACGACUAUCCAACGGGUAGAUUCCUGCGGGACGCCAAAUUGUUUGAAAUAGGCGCAGGGACAACGGAAGUUAGGAAAAUAAUCAUCGGACGUGCUUUACAUCAAGAAAAUAAAUAGAGCAAUACAUGACCCGUGACCUUUCAGUUUGUGAUUCGCUUAAUUUCUUAAUUUAUGAUAAUUAUUAAAAUUAUAGUUAUACUUUAUGUUUACUAUCGUUCUAGGAUGUACAAAGGUUUUGUGUUUUUAGUAAUUUGGUGUUACCUAGAAUCUAAAAUAUUUAUGAAUAUCUUAUGUGAUUGCUUUUUAGAUUAUAGUUUAUUAAAUUCGUGCUUGCUUUUAAAAUGUUAGGACGUCAUCAAAAGCAUUUGUAACCAUUUCACUGGACCGAGAGAGUUAAAUAAUUGAGUUUACGUUUAGUCUUGCUUCUUUGUACGUACAUUUUGUACACUAGGUACAGCUAAUGGCUUAAUAGGCGUUGAGCACAGUCUUAAUACCUUUCUUUCCUUGAAAGUUAACUCAUUUAUAAGCAUUGCUGGCUUUUAAGGUCGCGACUCCUUGUUGUGGUUACAAAUUUUGUAAUGUACGUUGAACCAUUUCUACGUAGAAAUUAGGAAAGUUUGUAUUACUUCUGGUUGUUUUAUACACUUUUCUCCAGAUUCCGGUUUUCGAUGUUGUUGUAUGAACUAUGAAGAUUUAUUAAAAACUGUCCAAAUAUUCCUGUUUUGAAAGAUGAUCUCAUUGAAAUACUCGUUUAUACGAUAGUGAUGACGUAAGGUAGCGAUAUUUUCUCGGUGAUUAUGCCUUGUCAACAAAUACUUUUCUACCACAUUGAUCUCGGUGACGUAGUGAAAGCUUAUGAUCAAGACAUAAGUGCUAGUUUGAAAAUACUAAUUAUACUGACAUAUAAAAGGAAAUAAAAAGAGAGGUGCUCUCACAUUAUUCCUUUGUUUGUGGUUGAUAAGCUGAGAGCUGGUUUGCUACUCAUCCCUUUUAUUAUUAACACUGGUUAUAUCGCAAUUCGC